AUGGAAAAACACAAUCUGACAGUGUUUAAUGAAUUUAUUCUCAUGGGAAUCACACAACGUCCUGAGCUGCAGGCUCCAUUAUUUGGGCUCUUCCUCAUCAUCUAUGUGAUCUCAGUGGUGGGCAACCUGGGCCUGAUCAUCCUCGCCAAGGUGGACUCCAGGCUACAAACACCCAUGUACUUCUUCCUCAAACACCUGGCUCUCACUGAUCUGGGUUAUUCAACAACUGUGGGACCCAAAAUGUUAGCAAGUUUUGUUGUGGAAGAAAACACAAUUUCCUAUCAUUUGUGUGCCACACAGGGAGCAUUCUACAUUAUGUUCAUCGUUAAUGAGUUUUUCAUUCUGUCGGCUAUGUCCUAUGACUGCUACGUGGCCAUCUGUAAUCUUCUGCUCUAUCCAGUCAUCAUGUCACAAAGGGUGUGUCAGAUGCUGGUGACAAUCCCCUAUCUCUACAGUACAUUUGUGUCUCUUCUGGUCACCAUAAAGAUUUUUAGUUCAUCCUUCUGUGGUUACAAUGUCAUCAGCCAUUUCUACUGUGACAGUCUUCCCUUGUUGUCCUUGCUCUGUUCAAAUACGCGUGAAAUUGAGUUGAUAAUUUUGAUUUUCUCAGUGUUUGAUUUGAUGUCAUCCCUUCUUGUAGUCGUUGUGUCUUACCUGCUGAUACUGGCAGCCAUCAUCAGGAUGAACUCAGCUGAGGGUAGGCACGAGGCCUUUUCUACCUGCGGGUCCCACCUGACAGUAGUCACAGUGUUCUAUGGGACUCUGAUAUUUGUGUAUGUGCAACCCAAGUCCGUUCAUUCCUUUGAUGCCGAUAAAGUGGCAUCCAUAUUUUACACCCUCAUCAUCCCCAUGUUGAAUCCCUUGAUUUAUAGCUUGAGGAACGUAGAUGUAAAAUAUGCUUUCCAUAGGAUAUGGAAAAAGUUAUGUAGUACCUUUUCUUAA